CAACUAGAUAUCGUGUUAUCCACUCAAGAUUUUGUGAACGUUGCAAAGUCCUCACUUCUUCGCUGGAAGAAACAAGAAGAAGACGAACCAGAGCAAAACAAUGGCUGCUUCUCUUUCAUCUCUGCUUCUCCCAAUUGGUUCGGGUUCAGUGAACACUCUGUCUGGGAUUCGCCAUGGCAGUUCCUGUGAUAAAGUUCGAGGUUUCGCUGUGCAGCGCUCAAAUUUGGAAAUCAGAGUUAGAGCUUCAAGGUCAAGAGAUCAGUUCAAGGAUGAUAUAUGUUCAAUUAAGCGUAGGGAUGUACUUGGGUUAGUUCUUGGCGUUUCAAGCAUGCUAGUACACUCUUCUGAAGCUAAGGGAGCUGGCUUGCCUCCAGAGAUUAAGCCAAGGCUGUGUGAUGAUACUUGCGAGAAGGAGCUUGAAAAUGUACCCAUGGUAACUACAGAGUCUGGAUUGCAAUACAAGGAUAUUAAAGUUGGAGAAGGCCCUACUCCUCCAAUUGGUUUUCAGGUGGCUGCUAAUUAUGUAGCAAUGAUUCCAUCUGGACAAAUAUUUGAUAGUUCUCUGGAGAAAGGACAGCUUUAUAUUUUUCGUGUUGGCUCUGGUCAGGUGAUCAAGGGACUUGAUGAAGGGAUUCUGAGCAUGAAAACUGGGGGAAAGCGUCGGCUCUACAUUCCUGGAUCGAUUAUUUGGGUCCUGAGUUAGACUGGUAAGACAUUUGGCAUUUGCACAAUAGUGAAUCACUAUUCUUUUUAAGGCCAGUAUUGCUGGUCUAAACAGGUGGGAGCAUAUUACAAAACUUUUAUGGCAUAGUGGCAUAAUGGCAUAGGUUCCUCGUGCAUCAAUGGACUGCAUUGCCAUCUGGAUACUUAGUUACGAGCCCAAUCACUUUGUGGCCACUUGUGAUUCUUCCCUUCAUAGUCACAUUUCCAUCCAUAAAUUUAUUUUGAUAGUAUUUCUUCAAGCGUUCCUACUUUAGAGGUAUGUGAAGCUAAAUUUCUAUUAGGCGUCUAUGAUCCUCCCUCCAGUGCUCUGGAAGUGAUCCAUUAUAUCAAACAGAUGCUUGUUAACAUCUAAAUUAGCAUGAAAGUUUUUAGCAAAUGAAUUGACAUAUCUUUUCUGCUUUAACUUCUUUAGUUAAUUGACUUCUAGAUGUUGAUUAUAUUUCUCUUAGCUCAUUUGGGUUCUGAGAUAUCAGGAAUAUCCCUAUGUCUUGACAGCAAUCUUACAAGAAACUCUAUUUUGAAGAAACUAUUAUUGUAACUUUCUAAUUGCUUGGUUUCUGCCUCAUUCUUGUCACUAGUUGGCAUUCCCAAAAGGUCUCACUUCAGCUCCAGGAAGGCCAAGGGUGGCUGCAAAUAGUCCUGUAAUUUUUGACGUCAGUUUGGAAUAUGUACCUGGUCUUGAAUCAGAAGAGUAGGAGCCUCGUGCAUCUUCAUCUCAAAUUUGUCAUUGGCAUUCACCAAUUUGAGUUACUGCAUUGAGUGCCUUUCAUUAAUUCAAUUUUUUCAAAUGUUGUAUAAAUUGAGAAGUGUUCAUUUCUUGGUAUAAGUUAUGAGGAUUAAUGUCAAGAAUUUAACAACUCUUCAUUACCUUCAGAAGUCCCUUCUGUUUUUCUUUC